GCAGAAAAGAAUGAAGAAUUUGCCUUUAGAACUAAGACGGGGACAUUUUUGAAUGAGCACGCUUUUCAGUUUUGAGAGACGAGAUUCCCGCUUCCAAGGGCUUAAAGAAGUCCCAUCGGAAAGCGGCCUGCGGCAGCCACCAGAAAACGUAUGAGUGGCCAAAUCGGAUGAAUGAUCAGUACACUCGCCGGAAAAUUUCUCCCUCCUGUCAUCCUCCAAAAAUGCGCCACUAUGAAGCAGCUCAAGCAAAUUCACGCCCACUUUAUCACUGCCGGCCUCCUCGACAGCAACGUCUUCCUCCUCGGCCGCCUAUUCGCCUUCUGCGCGGACACAGAUUCUGGUGAUCUGGACUAUGCGCACCUUGUGUUCACCCAAAUUCGAAGUCCCGAUAUCUUCUUCGUCAAUACCAUUAUCAGGGGAUAUUCAACCAGUCCCACUCCCACUAAAUCCAUUCAAUUCUACACUCACCUUCUCCGGUCGCGUCAAGCCCCCGAUCUCUACACUUUUCCGUUUGUUCUCAAGGCGUGCACGCAAUUGUCGGACGUCUGGCAGGGAGAAACGAUUCAUGGGCAGGCGAUAAAAUUUGGAUUUAGCUCAUAUGUGUACGUGGGGAAUGCGUUGAUUCAUAUGUAUGGGUUCUGCGGGCACGUCGAAACUGCUCGCCAACUGUUUGAUGGAAUCUCUGAACGAGAUGUUGUGUCCUGGAACUCAAUGAUAUCGGUUUAUGCUAAGCUGGGCGAUGCCCGCGAAGCGCGGUCGCUUUUUGAUGCAAUGCCGGAGAGGAAUGUGAUCUCUUGGAGCGCCAUGAUUGCUUGUUAUGUGCAGCAGGGAUCUUCUAAGGACGCCUUGAAUAUCUUUUCUCAAAUGCAAGCUGAUAAGGUUAUGCCCCAUAAAUCCACUUUGGUGAGUGUGCUCUCGGCUUGUGCCCAUCUGGGCGCUCUCGAACAGGGCAAGUGGGUUCAUGCUUUUGUUGGAUCUAACGGUAUGAAACUGAGCGUCGUACUUGGAACCGCACUUAUAGAUAUGUAUUCCAAGUGUGGCUGCGUAGAUCUUGCUUUGAAAAUCUUUCAUGAGAUGCAUGAGAAGAACCUGUUGGCAUGGACCACUAUGAUCAAAGGGCUAGCAAUGCAUGGGCGCGGGCAUGAAGCGGUCAAUUUGUUUACUGAUAUGUUGGCACUAGGCAUUGAACCUGAUGAUAUUGCCUUUAUUGGAGCGCUCAGCGCCUGCACUCAUGCAGGGUUGGUAGCCGAAGGUCGCCAAUAUUUUGAAAUGAUGAGUACAGUGUAUAAUGUUAGCCCCAAAAUUGAGCACUACGGAUGCAUGGUUGAUCUCCUUGCACGAGUUGGGCAGCUUGAUGAAGCAAGGGAGAUGGUUGAAACGAUGCCAAUGUGUCCUGAUAGUCUUAUCUGGGGUGCUCUGUUGGCUGGUUGUAAAUUUCACGGGAAUGUGGAGCUCGCAGAGUCUGUAGCCAAGCAUUUGAUUCAAUUGGAGCCUGAGAAUUGUGGGGUUUAUGUCUUGCUGGCUAAUAUAUAUGCUGCAUCUGGUAGGCAUGGAGAUGCCAGGAAGUUGCGAGAAAAGAUGAAAACAAAGAGAUUGAUGAAGACUCCUGGGUGUAGUGUCAUCGAAAUUAAUGGUACCAUACACCAAUUCCUUGUUGGUGAUACCUCCCAUCCUCAAAUAAAGAAGAUACAAGCAAUGUGGGAAGGGAUAGGCUAAUUAAAUUGGAAGGCUACGUACCAGACAGAACUCAAGUGCUGUUUGAUAUUGAUGAGGAGGACAAGGGAGAAGCGCUGUCUCAGCAUAGUGAGAAGCUUGCUAUUGCGUUCGGCUUGCUGAACACAAGCUCUGAUACUGUCAUUCGGGUCGUGAAGAAUCUCAGGGUCUGCAAGGAUUGUCAUGAUGUGUCUAAGUUUAUCUCGAAAGUUUAUAAACGAGAAAAUUGUUGACUCAGAGACACAA